UCCGGGGGUCCCCUCCUGCCUGCCGUCUGCGCAGGAGACCCCCCCACUCCAAGGGCAGCCUGGUCCCGCCGGACCCGGGUCCCCAGCCCGCCAUCGCCGCGGGGAGGGGGCGGCGAGGCGGCGGCCCGGCCUGGGCGGGACAAUGGCCGCGGCCGCCGGGGCCCCGGGAGCCCCCGCGCUGGGGAAGGGGCUGGCCUAGGGCCCGGCGCCGGUGCCCUCCCCGCGCGGCUCGGGCGGGCGGAGGGGGCCGAGGAGUUCCUUUGUGGCUCUGCCUCGGGCGCGGCGCGGGCGGGGGGCGCGGCGCAACUUUGCCAGGCGGCGGCGGCGGCGGCGAGCGCGAGACGAGGCCCCGGGGCCCAAACGGGGCCCCCAGCGCGCGGCCCGCCCCCGCCCCCCGCCCGGAGCCCGGCCCCCUCCCCUCGCGCGCCGUCGCCCGCGCCCGGCGCUGCCCACUCGCGGGAGACCCCGGGGCCGGACGGGCUGCGCAGCCGGAGAGGCGGGGGCCCGACGCGGCCCCCCCUCCCCCCCGGAGCCGGGCGCCUGGCGCGGGGGCUCGCCGAGCGCACGGGGGGCCGCGCGGCGCUGCAGACCCAGCCUCCCGCCGCCGCCGCCGCCGCCGCCUCGGCGCUUGCAGAACCCAGAAGUGAACAGCAGGCGACCCGGAAGGUUUGCGCGCGGCUCCGCACCGAGCCGGAGCCCGAGCCGGAGCCGGAGCUCGGAGCCGGAGCCCCAACCCGGCCCUGCAAGGGCCGCCGGGCGCGGGGCUGCGGCCGCGUCCCGGAGCCGCCGCCAGCACAGCCAGUGUCCAGCUCACCCAGCAUGGGCUGGACAGCCACGGGAGAUACAAGGACAGUCCUCCUGGGCUCUGAAGCCAGCAGGGAAAAAGACUGCAGGAUGGCUGAGCCUCGAUUUAACAACCCCUACUUCUGGCCCCCUCCUCCCACCAUGCCCAGCCAGCUGGACAACCUGGUCCUGAUUAACAAGAUCAAGGAGCAGCUGAUGGCGGAGAAGAUCCGGCCGCCCCACCUGCCGCCCACGUCGGCCUCGUCGCAGCAGCCGCUGCUGGUGCCGCCGGCGCCCGCGGAGAGCAGCCAGGCCGUCAUGUCGCUGCCCAAGCUGCAGCAGGUACCCGGGCUGCACCCGCAGGCUGUGCCGCAGCCCGACGUGGCGCUGCACGCGCGGCCGGCCACCAGCACCGUCACAGGUCUGGGGCUCUCCUCCCGAACCCCGGCUGUGAGCACGUCGGAGUCAAGUGCGGGCACGGGUACCAGCACCCCGUCCACACCCACCACCACCAGCCAGAGCCGCCUCAUCGCCUCGUCCCCCACCCUCAUCUCAGGGAUCACUAGCCCCCCCCUCCUGGACUCCAUCAAGACAAUCCAGGGCCACGGCCUGCUUGGCCCCCCUAAGUCCGAGCGUGGCCGCAAAAAGAUCAAGGCAGAGAACCCAGGGGGGCCGCCUGUCCUCGUAGUUCCCUACCCCAUCCUGGCCUCGGGCGAGACUGCCAAGGAGGGCAAGACAUACAGGUGUAAGGUGUGCCCGCUGACCUUUUUCACCAAGUCUGAGAUGCAGAUUCACUCCAAGUCGCAUACCGAGGCCAAGCCCCACAAGUGCCCGCACUGCUCCAAGUCCUUUGCCAACGCCUCCUACCUGGCCCAGCACUUGCGCAUUCACCUGGGCGUGAAGCCCUACCACUGCUCCUACUGUGAUAAGUCCUUCCGACAGCUCUCCCACCUCCAGCAGCACACCAGAAUCCACACAGGUGACAGACCCUACAAGUGCCCACAUCCUGGCUGCGAAAAGGCUUUCACUCAGCUCUCCAACCUCCAGUCUCACCAGCGCCAGCACAACAAGGACAAGCCCUACAAGUGUCCCAACUGCUACCGGGCCUACUCGGACUCCGCCUCCCUGCAGAUCCACCUCUCGGCCCACGCCAUCAAGCACGCCAAGGCCUACUGCUGCAGCAUGUGCGGGCGGGCCUACACCUCGGAGACCUACCUGAUGAAGCACAUGUCCAAACACACGGUGGUGGAGCACCUGGUGAGCCACCACUCGCCCCAGAGGACGGAGUCCCCCGGCAUCCCGGUGCGAAUCUCCCUCAUCUGAGCCGACCCAAGGCGCCGCCCCACCCUGCCCACUGGCAGAUACAGACCCAGGCAGCACCAGGCCCCAACUUCCUCCAGGGGCCCUCCAGGAACAGCCGAGCUCUCUCAUGACCUUCCUGACCUUCCAGAAAGCCUGGGCUGCAGAAGCCCUGCCCGGUCCAGCUCCGGGGGCGGCCAGGCCAACUGCAAGAUUCUGGACUGUUUUGGUGGCAUCCAAAGACGAUCUCAGAGCACUUUGAACCUCUCUGUUGGGUUUCUUUUUGUUCCCCACCCUCCACUUGCUUCACUGUUUUUCUUUUUCUUUUUUUUUUUUUUUAAGUUUGUUUUGGAAAUAACAAAAAAGAUAUUUAUUGGCCAAGAAGUUGGUGCUGCUAAGACCGAGAAAUUAAAAGAAUCGGACAGAUGGACACAGAGAACCAGAGGGCAACGUGGGACCUUCUCUUGCCACAGCCUCAGGUCUUGAGGGAAGGCUCAGGCCUGGGUUUCUGGACUGCAAAGGGGACCCUCAGGUGGGAGGGGACAGGAGGCAGCUGGAGUGAGCCACUCACCCCUGGCUGCCCCACUCAUACCUCUCGAGCUACUCCCUGGGCAUUACUGAGCAGAGGGAUGCGGCAGCUCCCAACGCUGCCCAGGCUUCAGGAGGCAAAAUGAGAGAGGGGCCGGGAGAUCUGCAGGACCAAAGGGUGCAGCGUUGGGCUGGGCUGGGCGCAGGCCCAGGGAAAUGGGGUGAGGGUGGGCUGGGUAAGACCCGGCCCUCCACUGCCCUGAAGACCACCCCAGUCUACCUCGGUGCUGGCCAGGAAACCUAUUGGCUACCUCUCCCACCAACCCAGACUGUGGGCAGGGGGGUGGGGAGGGAAUGGGCCUGGGCUUAGGACCACCCCCCUCCAGAAUUUCCUCCAGAUGGGGCAGUGCCCAGGGAGGGGUUAUUUGUCUUCCCUGUUACGGAGGGGGAAUCCCCAGUCCAGGUCCUAGGCCCCUCAGCAGGGAAGGGAUCCUCGGGGAGGAGGGUCCCAGGAGCAGACCCUGCCCUCAGCCCCCACAGACACACCCCAAUCUGAAAGCCAUGCGUGUCCGUGUAUAUAGGAACUAUGUACAGAGCCCGGAGAAGCCCCCCUUCAUCCCCCGGGGGAAAAAAAAAAAAAGAAAACUAGACAGAAACUCAUCUAUAUAUUCUGUAUCUGGAGUUCCGUUUUGAAUAUUAACUGUGUUAUUUUUAUACACUUUUUAAGCCUUAACUCGCCAUUGAUUUACCAGUUUAACGUUUCCUGGGUUUUUUUUUCCCCCCACGGGGUUCUCUGCCCCCUUGUUUGACUUGCGUCGUCUGAUAACUCAGUAUUGUAGCUUUUUGUCCGCAUGUUACUACCCUGUAAAUACGCUGUUAUACAUACUGUUAACACCCCAUUUGCUUUUUUCUAUGGGACCUCCAGGCCACCAUAUUUAGAACUAGUUACCUUAUUAAAAAAGAGAAAACAGUC